AUGUUCCACCAUAAAUGGCGGCAGCGGCAGAAACAAACGCAACAGUUGCUGACCGGCGGAAGCAUUGACACGGUGACCAGAAUGGAGCCGGAGGAGCCCUUCUGGGGUGACGAGCUCACUUACUUCGCAAGCUACGUGCAGCCAGACUACGCGCUUGAGCUACCGUCCAUGGAGCAAAUCUCUGGGUGGUACCCUUGUGUCGCGCAGCAUGCGCAGGACACUUGUGUAGGACUCGGCUGGGGCAUCAUCCGCCUUCUCGCGCAGAGAGACAUGAUCUACUUUGAUCGUGACAAGAUCAGUCACGAAUUUGCGCGGCCCAUCCCUCAGGAAGUUUGUGCAGAUGACGCCAACCUCUUCAGCCGCGAGUUCUGCAGAGACGCCGGGCCCAAGAGCUUGGAUCUCGCAGGGCUCACCAUGCUCGAGAGGUUCGAGAAGUGCAUGCGCCUGCUUCACCCAGAACGAGCAUGUGACUGGUGGAGCUGGUUCCGCAUCUCAGGGGUCACCAAGACCGUGCUUGACCGCUACGACCACGAUGAUGCAGCACGCCAGCGCAUUUGGGAUGCCCACUGCGAGUGGUCCAGCAACUAUCCGAGCUUCUCAGAGGAAGAGAACUUCCAGGUGAUCCUUCAGGCCUCCUUGGUUGGGGGAGUUAGGGUUUAG